GAGUUGUUAGAACACAAAGUCAAAUUAAAUAUUUGGGACACCAAUUGCAUUCCAUCAUUGACUUUAAAAGUCAUCGGCCUUCAUUGAAAAGUAUUGUUACAAGUAAGACUUGCAGUCUUCAUUCUCACAACGAUGGAUAAAUCAGAGUCUUCCUCUCGACAAACUCUCUCAGAGAUGUUCCAACAUUUACAUAAAUGGAGGAACACGAGAAAGACCAAGAGGAGAGACCCUCUCAAAUUCAAGUGGUCUCAGUUUCAUCUCUCUGUAGUCCACGGCUAUGUCUUGAAGCUGAAGCUCAGCCCCGAUUCCAAGCUGCUGCGCCUCGCCACCUCGCUCAACCAUGAAUUCUCCGGCCUCGUGCCCGAAAACUCCGCUGAAUACGACGGCAGAGUCGCGUCUCUCGCGCACGCACUCGAGGAAGUCUUCGUCGUGCCAGAGCAGCACCAGUUGUUCGAGAGGGACGAGGCGGUCGAGAGAGACGGAUUGAUCGCAGCGUUAAUGGACAUGCUUCUGCGUCUGCUGCAUAACCGGCCGGGCUCGGUCCACUCGGUCGAGGACAGAAUCGAGCAUCUGCGGAAGCUGCUGAGGUUUCUUCUCGCUGUUCUUGGCCAUGAUCAGCAGGGUGGUCAUGACCUCUUGACAGAAUUUGAAACAGUGGCGAAUAAGGCCGGGAGUUUGGUUCAUCUCAUCGUCUUCUCAGCCGAGCCAGAUUCGAUAUCCAAAUCUGCGGAGAAGGGCUUCGGAGCUCUUCUGCGACGCAUGGAGGACUUGAAAUCCAGAAUCAUCAAGCGACGUGGUGUUACAGAAGCUGAUGCAACUCGAAAGACAGCGGCAGCUGGGGAUUCUCUCUUCAUCGUGGAUUCUUUAGUUGAUGAUCUUGGAGAUCUGUUGAGCAGGGUUGGGAUCGCUGAUGUGAAGGAUCAGGUCGCGACGCUGCAGCACGAGCUGAGGCUUUCGAGCUCUCUGCUCAAGGAUUCUCGGCUUCCACAACACGUGAUGCAGCUCAGAGACGCGGCCUAUGAAGCAGAGUAUUUGAUCAACUCUUUCCUGGUUGGGAAUGGGGAUGUCUCCUGCAGGUAUUUCUCCAUCAGCCUUGCUCGUGUCAUUCGCAACGUCAAGUCCCUCCAGUCGGGCCAUCGAGGAAGUGAGAAAAAUGUUGACGCUUGUGUCUCAAGAUUCGGACAACUAUCAAUACAGAAUAAGAGCAGCAGUAGUGUUGAGGAUGUAAUAGGCUUUGAGGACAAGGAAUUGGAGAUUCUGCAGUAUCUUGAUGGCGGGUCGGAGAAUCUGCAGAUCGUGGCCUUAUCUGGGAUGCCUGGAGUUGGUAAGACAACUUUAGCCAAGAAAAUGUAUCAUCAUCCAUCUCUUACACAUAAGUUUGACAUACGCUCGUGGUGUGUAGUUUCCCACAAGCAUCAAAUGAGAAAUGUGUUGAUUGAGAUUCUCGUUAACUUGAAAAUCGUGUUGGACAAGGAGGAGAUGCUGAAUCUCGGAGAAGAAAGCUUGAAGACAGUGAUUCACCAAAUUUUAUUCAAAAGGAGGUAUCUGAUUGUGAUGGAUGAUAUCUGGAGUACGGAAGCAUGGGAUGGUUUACAAGCUUGCUUCCCAGAUAAUGGAAACGGAAGUCGGAUAUUGUUGACAAGCAGGAAUAGGAGAGUGGCUCCACCUCACAGCAUGGUGUGUGAGCUUCCCCUCAUGUCAAAUAAACAUUGUUGGAAGCUGCUGAGGAAGAAGGUGUUCCAAGACAAACCUUUCCCUCCCAAUCUGAAGAAGAUUGCGAAGAGAAUUGCAAGAAGCUGUCGCGGGCUGCCACUCGCAGUUGUUGUCACAGCUGGGAUUCUUUCCGGCAUGAACAACCACGAGAGCACGUGGAGGGAAGUGGAAGGAAAUCUAGCAAGUUAUAUGCACGCAGUUGAAAACAAUUUGAUGAUGCAAAUUGUGGAACUCAGCUAUGCUAAUCUAGCAGAUCACCUGAAGCCGUGCUUUCUUUAUUUUGGAGUGUUUCAGCAGGGCGAGCAGAUCCUCGUUGCCGAGCUGCUGAGGCUGUGGAUUGCUGAGGGCUUCGUACGUAGGCAGGGGACGAAGAGGCCGGAGAGCGUAGCAGAGAACUACUUAAUGGACCUGAUGGAUAGGAACCUUGUGACUGCUGCAAGAAGUAGAUUAGAUGGUGGAGUCAAAGAGUGUGUUGUUCAUGAUCUAUUGCAUGAAUUCUGCUUGAAGAGAUGUGAGGAAGAAAACUUACAUACAUUGGUGGACAAAGACUACUCAAUAAACAAGACGCAGCAACGGCUGUGUAUCCGUGAUUUCGUGAGCUCGCCGAGGUCGCCGCUGUUCGGGCUGCAUGUCCGCUCGAUUCUUGGCUGCUUCCCGACGUCCGGUUUCCUGAACAUGAAGCUACUCAGAGUUCUGCUCUUGCAGGGACUAGUCUCUCAUGGGAGCUUGAACGAAAUCAAACAUCUAUACAACCUGAGAUGCUUGUCAAUUGGAUAUGGCUUGUCGUCACCAACGCUAGAGCUUCUCAAGCUAGCCUUCCUGAGCAGCCUCGUCAACCUCGAAUUCCUCCAAGUCAAGUCUCAGUUCUACUUGGUGUGCACACCCUCAGCAAUGGCGGAGAUGGUGAAGCUGCGAUACAUCGACGUGAGCACUCAACUCAGUUUCGGCGAAGAAAGCUGCUCCGGAUCCCAACCUGACAACAACCUCGAGUUUCUCUCCAAUGUCGUGAUUCGGGACGUGAAUGAUGAAAGCGUGCUCAAAUGCUCUCCUAAUCUUCGCGAGCUCAAAUGCAAAUGCUUCCCCCUUGUGUCGGAGGAGACGGGGGAGCUCCGGUAUCCGGAUUUCGCCUUCUUUACGCAGCUGGAAUUGCUACACUUGGAAGGUGGCUUCGUCAACGCCAUCGCGGAUAUUAGCCUCCCCUCGAAUGUGAAGGAGCUCACGCUGUCCGGAUUGUACUUGCCUUGGGAGAAGAUCUCGGUGAUUGGGGGACUGCAGAGCCUUCAGAAGCUCAAGCUGUUGUUCGGAGCCUUCGACGGCGAAGUGUGGGAGACGAGGGAGGGAGAUUUCCAGCAGCUGAGGCUGCUGAUGCUCAAGACAGUGUAUGAUCUGAGAGAGUGGGAGGUUGAGAGCUGGGAGCAUUUUCCGAGGCUGCGGUGGUUGGUCUUGGAUGAUUGCCAGCAUCUGCAGAAGAUUCCGGCGGCGGUCGGGGAUAUAGCGACGCUGGAGGUGGUUGAGAUCAAAGGCUACUGCCAGGAGACAUUGAUGGAGUCUGCGCAGGAGAUUGAGAAACAACAGAGAGAAGAGGGAAACGAGGAGCUGAAGUUCAAUCUCCACAAAAUUAUUGGCUUGACAUCUGAAACGGCUUCAAGCUUCUUCUUGUCUUUGCUAAAUUAACAAUUGAUUUAAAUUUGUAGAAAGAAAAUAUUUCAUUAUCUAAAAUUCAAAGCAUAUACUAUAUAUACUCACGGGAUUAAAAGA